AUGGCCCUGCUCGUCCACCUCAAGACGGUCUCGGAGCUGCGGGGCAGGGGUGACCGGAUCGCCAAAGUGACUUUCCGAGGCUGGGACCCCGGGGACGAAGGAGACACAGCCCCUGCCCUGCAGGAGUCGCGGUCCACUGAGUCAGACAGGAGACAGACUGUCAGCUCCCUGAAGGCGGAUCCCGGGCACUUUAUCCACCCCUCUAUCCUGAGUCCCCAGGAGGUAGCCUGGUACUUUGAGACUCCAGUGAACGUUUCUCCAAGGCAAUCCUUCUACUCACGGGUCCUGGAGAACUGCGAGCACGUGGCCAACUUCGACGAGACUUUCCGGUGGCCAGUGGCCAGCAGCAUUGACAGCAAUGAGAUGCUCGAGAUUCAGAUCUUCAACUACAGCAAAGUCUUCAGCAACAAGCUGAUCGGGACCUUCCGCAUGGUGCUGCAGAAGGUGGUGGAGGAGAAGCACGUGGAGGUGACCGACACGCUGAUUGAUGACAACAACGCCAUCAUCCAGACCAGCCUGUGCGUGGAGGUCCGGUACCAGGCUGCAGAUGGCACGGUGGGCUCCUGGGAUGAUGGCGACUUCCUGGGGGAUGAGUCCCUUCACGAGGAAGAGAAGGACAGCCAGGAGACAGACGGGCUGCUCCCCGGCUCCCGCCCCAGCUCCCGGCCACCAGGCGAAAAGAGCUUCCGGAGGUAACAGGCUGGGCCCUCUACCCCGC